CUUACUGACUCCUCUGCCUUUCCAUUCAGAUCCCAGACAGCCUCAGACCUUAGACCAGAGACCUGACACAGGAUUAACGUGGACUUUAAAACGGUUGGAUAUUAAACAUACCUGCAGACGACUGUUCCCUCUGGAUUAACCGACCUCGGAGGAGUCGGAUUGGAUUAAGACGUGGGAGGAGUCAUGUUGGAUUAAGACGUGGGAGGAGUCAGAUUAUCAUCCAGAGAUGCUCUGAGCUGCUCUUUGAAGGACCAUAAUCAUCGUACUUGACCUCAGGGAUCUACCACUGUGUCCUUGUUUGACCUCAGGCUCCUCCGGGUCAUGGUUGACCUCCUCAGGACUUUUCUAAUCCUCCGAUUCACUGUUGGAUUUGUUAUUUUCAGUUUUAUUUCAGUCAGUCUGAACUCUCAGGCUCGCUGACUCAGCAUCUCUGGAGCAGACCACAUGACCUCUCCAUCAUGGCGUCAGACAGCUUCCACUACAGGGCUCUCUACGAGUACAAGUGUGAGCGCGGCGACGACAUCGGCCUCCAGCAGGGCGACCUGCUGACUGUCUCCACGGCCUGGCUGAUGUCGGCGAUGGACUACCAGGACGGGGACGAGCGCAGCCCCAAAGGAUGGCUGCACGGCACCAACGAGAGGACCGGGGACACCGGGGCCUUCCCAGGGACCUUUGUGGAGUACGUGGGCGUGGUCAGAGUCAGCCCACCUGGAGCUAACCCGUGGACCAGACCUGUACCACCGACACCCGGGGGGGCACCGGCCGCUGUGGGGCCUCAGCCCCCAGGAGCAGCUUCUGCCUCAGGUGUGGAGGCGGAGUUUCUGUCUGAAGCGGCUCCUUUGGUCAUUUGGAGGCUGAUCGAGGCCGUCGAGAAACACGGUUUCAGCAGAGAGGGUCUGUAUCAAGCUCCUCCAGCAUGCAGCGGCCCUCCAGAGCUCAGACAGGCCCUAGAUUCAGAUCCAGUCUCUGUAGACCUGGACCAGUACGAUGUGGUUUCUCUUACGGACACUCUCAGAGGUUUCCUGCAGGAUCUUCCAGCCUCCAUCAUCCCUGCAGCGGUCUACACUGAGCUGGUCUACACUGCUCAAGAGAGUCAGAGUGUGGAGGAGUGUGGAGAGAGGCUGAAGCAGAUCCUGGACUCUGCCGGCAUCCCUCAGACCAACCACCAGCUGCUGGUCCACCUCAGCAGACACCUGGUCCAGGUCUGCCAGCACAGCCAACACGCCCCCCGGCUGCUGGGACACGCCUUCUCUGACGCCGUCUUCCAGCACUCUGCUAUCAGUGCGGAUGUGAACCCGGAGCAUCACGUCAGGAUCCUGGAGGCCCUGAUUACAGCAGGAGGUCUAACGGAGAUGCGGGCUGCUCCAGCUCUACCUCCGAAGCCGGCCAAGCCCCAGCAGCCGUCCUCGGUCGGGGUGGGAGGGGGCAGCAGCAAUGGAGCGAAGGAUGUGGGAGCAGGAGGCUCUCUGCAGGAGGCCGAGUGGUACUGGGGCGACAUAUCCAGGGAGGAGGUGAACGAUAAGCUCAGAGACAUGCCCGAUGGGACCUUUCUGGUUCGGGACGCAUCCACCAAGAUGCAGGGCGACUACACCCUUACGUUAAGGAAAGGGGGGAACAACAAGCUGAUAAAGAUCUACCAUCGAGACGGGAAGUACGGCUUCUCUGACCCGCUGACGUUCGGCUCCGUGGUUGAGCUCAUCAGCCACUACAGGCACGAGUCUCUGGCUCAGUACAACACCAAGCUGGACGUCAAACUCAUGUACCCCAUCUCCCGCUUCCAGCAGGACCAGCUUGUGAAGGAGGAUAAUAUCGACGCUGUGGGGAAGAAGCUGCAAGAAUACCACAAUCAGUACCAGGAGAAGAGCAAAGAGUACGACCGACUGUACGAGGAGUACACAAAGACGUCACAGGAGAUCCAGAUGAAGCGGACGGCCAUCGAAGCUUUCAACGAGACCAUCAAGAUCUUCGAGGAGCAGUGCCACACGCAGGAACGCUACAGCAAAGACUACAUCGAGCGCUUCAGGCGAGAGGGUAACGACAAAGAGAUCGAGCGGAUCAUGAUGAACUACGAGAAGCUCAAGUCUCGGCUCGGGGAGAUCCACGACAGCAAGGUACGGCUGGAGCAGGACCUGAAGACCCAAGCCAUGGACAACCGGGAGACAGACAAGAAGAUGAACAGCCUGAAGCCUGACCUCAUACAGCUCCGCAAGAUCAGGGACCAGUACCUGGUCUGGCUCAAUCACAAAGGAGUUCGUCAGAAACGAAUUAACGACUGGCUGGGAAUCAAGAACGAGAACACUGAUGAAGGCUACUUUGUCAGCGAGGAGGAUGAAAACCUGCCUCACUACGAUGAGAAGAGCUGGUUUGUGGGAGACCUAAACAGGACACAGGCUGAGGAUCUGCUGACGGGGAAGCCGGACGGAGCGUUCCUCAUCAGAGAGAGCAGCAAGAAGGGCUGCUACGCCUGCUCUGUGGUCGCCGAAGGUGAGGUGAAGCACUGCGUCAUCUACAGCACGCCGCGCGGCUUCGGUUUUGCCGAGCCCUACAACCUGUACGGCAGCCUGAAGGACCUGGUGCUCCACUACCACCAGACCUCUCUGGUGCAGCACAACGACUCGCUCAAUGUGCGCCUCGCAUACCCGGUUUACGCACAGAUGCCCUCCGGACGCAGAUGAACCCCGCCCACUCCUCCACGCCCCCGCAGAGACAAACCGACCCCGUUUACGGGGGAGGGAGGACAGGGGAGGGGGACUGAGGGAGGGGGGCGGUCGGAGUCCAGAAACAAGCCGACACACAGAAACACUUGCUGCAGCACUCACGUCAGCCACCUUGGAGUUUUAUAUUUUUACUAGAACAUUCUCGGAGGGCAUUCUUUCUAAGACUGCUUGAUUUGCACAUGGAAGUUUAAAUGUUUGUGAAUGUGAAGAGACUGAAGAGAGGAAGGAGACGUCAGAGUUUCAGGUCCACCCCGCUGCUACCUAAACUCCAGCUCAGACUUUUACCAGAAACUCAACAAAUGCCACGCCAGACCACCACCAAACGUUCCCACUUUAACCGCUUUUCCCCGCCAUCUGAAACCCCACCCCUCUGGAGUCUUUUCAUGUUUGCUUUUGUUGAUGAUGUCUGUGUUGUCCCACUCCAUUCAAAGCAAAAAUAAUGUAGCAUAAGGAGGCGGCGGCGCUCCUGUGGAGGCGUGGCUCAUGUAGGCUGCUGCUGAAGGGUUAAUGGGGAGGGGAGGGGAGGGGGGGCACUCAGCCGUCUUUAUGGAAGGAAAAAGGCUUUUAUACCAAGAUUUAAGUUAUGUGUGGAAGGAUCAGACCAAAGUUGGUGUGGAGAGGGAAGGGGCGGAGUCAGCUGGCGUGGAUGAGUGCGUGUUUGUCCUUGUGUUAGUGAAUGGAGAACAGCAAAUGAAUGGAGACCACACAGAAAACAGAGUUUCAGGCACCACAAGGCUUUUUCUCUUUAAGGUCAAACCAAACGGUACGAAACGGACGGCACCGUGAACAGACGGUCCAGUCUGAAGCACUUAAACGUGUCCCAUUUGUGACCUCGGCACUCUGUGAGCGCGCUCAGUGGAAACGAGAGCGAAAGAACCAGCUGAAGCGUGCAAAUGGCGCUAAGGUUUAGUUUAGCGCAGUGAAGCUAAGCUGCAUCCUGCAGAGUUGGGUCCCUUUAUGAGGAGUCCGUCUGACGCUGCAGGGAAUGAUCCAGAGUCGGUACGUUUACAUGCAGUCUAAAGCUCUAACAUCCAUGUAAACAGGCUGAAGUCGUACCAGAUCAAACCUCCCUGGACUAGCACACACCGUUAGAGGAAAUACAUGCCAGAAACCGCUGCAGGAUUCAGGUUUUCUGCACGGUGGUGCAGCAGGAAAGAUCCUGGUUGAAGUCCUGGUCAGGCAUUGGUUCUGUCUGGGAUCUCUGGCUUCCUCCCAGAGAGGAGGGGUUAACCAGUGGCUCUAAAUCUGCCAGUCAGCUAGUCCAGGGUGACACCAUCUUUUCCUACCCUGCAAGGAUCAUCAGGGUGGGACAAGAUACAUGCAUAAAUGAGGAGGAUAAUUCUGAGGAGGAGUGAGACGUUGGCGUCAAUGAGCCCUGACUGGACGUAAACGUCCAGAGAGUUCCUCAGACUGACCGUCUGCUGCAGCGUUUUCCAGCGAAGCUCAGCGUGUAAAAUUUCAUGAGAAGACUGAAACAGCGUGACACGUUAGCGCCGUGCAGAGUGCUGUGAUCACAAACGCUGCUACACUAGAACUAGAACAGAAAAGGUCCCAACGGUCCUCCUCAGGAGGGAGGAGCCUGAAAGUGGUUUUCUGUGUGGUUAAAAACGAAGACUGUGUGCUGGGUGAGUGUUUUUGUAACAAACCUUCAGAGAUAAGCUUUGAUAAAAUGUUUUUAUGAGCAGGUUUAGACGGAGGCCACACUGAAGACACAGGCUUCAGGAGCAAAUACUGAAAACUUGAAAGAACGUGCAAUCUUAGCGUUGUAGUUCAGCCGCUACGCAGAGCGAGCGAGAGAGAGAGAGAGAGAGAUAAUCAGAGGGAGGCUUCUGUCUGUCUGAUUGUUUGGUCUUUUCUUUGUUCCUUUAUUUUUUUACUCUGGGUGCUCGGCUUUCUAACCAGUGGAAGUAUCAAAAUAAAAGCUCUAAAACUAAACGACAAAAACCACACGCUCGUUUCUAUUCUUCAUCUCAAUUCCUGUGUUUUUGAUUGGACCAUCACCAUUGGCCUCUGAUUGGACCAGAUCAGCCAAUAGGGUCCAUGAAUGAGUCCAUUAUUAAUGCUAAUAAACUUCAGAUGUACAACUCUUUCAAAAUAAAAGGGACGGUAGUGAUCUACCAAGAAUUACCAAAACUUCAGGCCACGCACCAACACAGCGCUGCUAAAUUUCUACUUCCUGUGUAUUUGGUCCGACAGAAUCGGCGUCCACAAACACGACGGCGCUGGUUACAAAGUCAGACCGAGCACCCUGACCCCCGUCUGCUGUCGGCCACGUUUGAAGUGUGAGGGCCGAUGUUUGAGGAGCGAAUGAUACGACUUUGGUUGUACCCACCACGUCUUUAUCUGCACCCCGUCUCUGUCCUCCUCUGCGCCCCGCAGACAACAAACCCCAUCGCCACCCCCGCCUUUUUUGGCGUUUUCCUAAAGAAUAGAGUUGGGGGGGGUACCACAUUCACGGGCUAAGAGCCUAAUGGGGACAGUACUAAAUCCAGUUUGGCCUGGAUCCACAUGGAAAAUCCAGUUCAAGAACUCUUUGGAUCUUAUGACUAUUUUAGUGCAGCCUUGGAAUCAAGGUCAGAUCUGGGACAGGAGUAAACCUGGUCAGAUGUGGGACAGGGGUGAACCUGGUCAGAUCUGGGACAGGAGUAAACCUGGUCAGAUCUGGGACAGGAGUAAACCUGGUCAGAUCUGGGAUAGGGGUGAACCUGGUCAGAUCUGGGACGGGGGUAAACCUGGUCAGAUCUGGGACGGGGGUCAACCUGGUCAGAUCUGGGAUGGGGGUAAACCUGGUCAGAUCUGGGACGGGGGUAAACCUGGUCAGAUCUGGGAUAGGGGUGAACCCGGUCAGAUCUGGGAUGGGGGUAAACCUGGUCAGAUCUGGGACGGGGAUAAACCUGGUCAGAUCUGGGACGGGGGUAAACCUGGUCAGAUCUGGUACAGGUGUAAACCAUGAGAGCUUUUCUAGUCCUGGACCCCUGCAGUUCUUCCACAGGUCUCCUUCAGAGACUAUGAGGUGUCCUUUUCACACCUCUGUGUGAAGUGCUGCAAAGGAUCCCCUCCAGACUACACAGACAGGCUUCUUCAGGGCUAGCUAGACCUGGUCCCCAACAAGUCAAAGCCCAGCACAGAAGCCAGCAUGAAGUCCUGAACCAGGCCACGAAGGCAAGGAUGGAGCGCUGCUGCAAAAUAUGAACCAAUAUUAGCAAAGCUAAAAGAAACGGUCAGACCUAGGUACAUGGUUUUCCUGAUCCAGGCCAAACUGGAUUUCCUCCAAGCUCUCCGGCCCCUGUAGUCCUCCCUGACACCCGAGUCCAGCUAAAAACCACAGAGGAUAAAGAUGUCAGUGCAGGUGGAAGGCCGUGGUCUCAUCUCUAAAUCAGUUAGAUCAUCGUGUUUCCUCUGACCACCUGCUAAAGCUGCUCACCUGUCAGAUCCACCUGUGACCAGCUCUUCUUCUUCCUCUCAGACUGAUGGACAGCAGGGCGGGGCUUGUCGAUAUAAUGUUGAAUGUAUUUAAUAAAAAAAGAGCUAAAAGAGCCGGUCCGGGUCUAAAACUCUGAUUUUUCCUCCUUGUCUGAGCACCGCCGUCACGUUCCAGAUCAUCCUCUGGUGCUAUCAGAGAAACAGGCCCGCUAACGCCACCUUCAGGACGUUCCGCUCAUCAACCCUCAGGUGUUUUACAGUUUACCGUACAAACGACCACGAAACCAGCGAUUAAGAACCGAACAGAUAAAUCAGGGUUUUCUGCAUGAAUCACUCAGCCGACUAAGCUAGAUCACCGUUGUUAGUGUCCCUCAUCGCUUCCUGUAGUUCAACUGGCUGUGUCCCAAACCGCAUGUCUAAAGCAGUGGUUCUCAACCGCCGGGUUUGGACCCAAAUGUGGGUCACAAAUUUACAGCAGCAAAAAUCUGUGCAGGCUGAAAUGAACAUCCUUUAAAUCUCUGUUUUAAAGAGCACGUUUAGGGGAUUUUCUAACGUUUUCCACUAAUUAACCCCAGUAGCUCAGAAUUAAAACGCUAAUCUUUCCCUCCAUCUCAGAUCCAGACUACAGACUACAGUCUGACUCCUUUAAGCUGAAGUUGCUGAAGAUUGUUGGAUAUUUGGGCCCUGAUUUCUCAUUCACCAAUUUAGAAGCACAUCAGCAUCCUUAGACGUUCAUCUCUGAGCUAACCGCUAACUAGCACAACAGCACACGCGUGAUCACCACCACUACAGCUGGAGGGUCUUCAGACGCAUCAUCAGGUCUUUGUAGAGUCUCAUAAAGAUGCAGGUCUAAACCACAGAGAAGUCUCCUGGUCCUCUAAAGCAGGGGUUCUCAACCUUUUCAGCCCGUGGCCCCCAAAAUAAAGGUGCCAGAGACCGGGGACCCCCAAAUAAAGGUGCCAGAGACCGGGG